CUUUGAGAAAACUUCUCAUUAGUCCACUAUGUGCCGCAUAAUCUCAAUUCUACUGAUGUCUGCUGUGCACGUUGAUUAAUGUUGAAUUGGGAUAAAUUAAAACUUUUUUGCGGACGUGACUGCCAGACUGGUGUGAUAAUGUUGAGGUUAUUUAGCCGCCAAGCAAUAAUUUUUUUAUUACCGGUAUAUUCAAUUGAAAUGUGUUUAUUGUUGUACUUGCCACUAAAUAUGAUGGAUGGUUUGAUGGCGAAAUAGGCUCCAAACGCCAAAAGGCAUUUUCUCUCGAAAUGAUUUGAUCCACUUAUUUUGUAUAUUGCACGAUGUUCUUCAUGAACUCAUCCGUGCACUGCCCUGCUUCUUAAUAUACACAUUAACGCACACUAUAUAUAAAUGGAUAAUGCCAAAGCAAGAGGCAGUCGCGUUGGAUACACCUGAAGACAUAAAAAGGCAACUAUGAUACACGCAAAGUCUUAUAUUCUUCCAGCGGCUGGCAUAUUGCUUCUGCUCUCAAACUGCGAAUGCAAAUCUCUCCAUUCGGGAGUUGUAAACGACAGAUUCAAAGAAAAUCGUCUUUUAUUUGAAACUGAUGUUUGCCGGUCGCUUUUUAAUAUGUCACAUUGUAUGGUUUCAUUCCUGCAAUGUGAUACCGUUCUUAAUUUGGGAAAAGCCAUUCAAAAAUCUCAAAUGAUAAUGGAUUCAAUCGGCGUCAGCAAAUGGACAAUGCAACGGCAACAUGGAAAGAUGAUCAGAAAAAAGAAGCGACUUAGAGAGAUGAUACAGAGAUAUCAGGAAAUGUCUUCAAUUGCUUUAAAAAACAUAUUGAGGGUGAACGAAAAGUCGUUGUCCGCAAGUUACAAAGCUGUACAAAAGUACUUGAAUGCGACAUGCAAUGCAAUGAACAUGCGACGAGAUGACAGUGAAUCUAUCUCUUUAAUUUCACAAGCGGAUGAGAAAGAUACCGUGCUGUUCGAUAUGCUUGACAAUGAUGUGUAUUCAACAUGGAAAACGAACAUGGUUACAGGAACACGACAUAUACGUAAACAACAUCACCAAUGGUUCAUUUCUGAGUUCCUGUUUCACGUCAAGGAACUUUAUAAUAAGUUCAAACACCUAGAACUCUUGGAGUCUUGCACAGUACCCAAUAUGUUGCUUUCCAGUAAUUCAUUUUGUUCGUAUUGAACCGCGAAAAUGAGGUGACUGUGACAACUUUUAUUAACUGUGGUGAUGUGAUUUCAAAUCCAGAUUACACAACGCACGAUAGAGAACAUUCGGACAAAAUCAAUUUGAAUUUAGCUCAUACAAGUUAUAUUUUAUAAUAUUGUCAAUUUCAAUUCUUUACUUACACAAAUUCCAUUAUCUAAAUACAAAAAUGUUGUUUUGUUGCAUCAAUUUCAAACGAAUUUUUAUAUUUAUAAAAGUAAAUAAUAGUUUAUAGGUUCUCAUUUUUGUACUCUGUUACAUGAAAUUGAUUAUCUAUUUAUGAUCUAAAAUAAAUCAGGAUAUGCU